CUCUCAAUGACUUCUUCUUCAGGGAGCUUGGAGACCUCGGCGAACUCGAGGCCGGGCUCGUUCUCCUUCACCGCGAGGCCCAAUUACAAUGAAGAGCCCGUGAUGGAUAUGGCCGGCCGGGCCUUUUCGGGACGUAUGGAGACUACUACCGCUUUGCUGCCAAACUUCAAGCCUCUUCCUCUUUCUUCACUACCUGUUUCUCCUCCUCCUGUGUCGCCUUCUUCGUACUUUUCGGGGUUUAAUCCUGCUGAGCUCUUGGAUUCUCCUGUUCUUCUCUCAUCUUCUAAUAUUUUGCCAUCUCCAACAACUGGGACUCUAGCUGCUCAAUCCUUCAACUGGGGAAGCAACUCUGCUCAAUAUCAGCAAGGGAUCAAGGAGGAAGCUAGAACUUACUCUGAUUUCUAUUUUCAAACUCAAACAAAUUCAAAGGAGGGGAAUCUGAAGACAUCAUUUAUCCACCCUUCCUCCUCAUUUUUGUCGGAUCAAUGGAAUUAUCCAGCACACAACAAUUCUGCUACAAUUAGGCCAGAAAUCAAACCUGAGCUUGUUGCGCCAAUUCAAACUAACUCUUCACAAAUUCCAAGCUCACAACCCAGCAUGACAAUCAAAGAACAGAGGAGAUCAGACGACGGAUACAACUGGAGAAAAUACGGGCAAAAGCAAGUAAAAGGGAGCGAGAACCCUCGAAGCUACUACAAAUGCACAUUUCCAGACUGUCCGAUAAAGAAGAAGGUCGAGAGAUCUUUAGAUGGUCAGAUUACAGAGAUUGUGUAUAAAGGAACUCAUAACCAUCCAAAGCCUGAGUCUAAGAGGAGGAGCUCUUGCUCUUCUUCAUUCUCCGGUUCAGUUCGGUCCAUGGGAGCUGCAGAAGCGUCGGCGAUGGAUUCUGUUACAACACCUGAGAACUCUUCAGCUUCUUUGGGUGAUGGGUUUGAGGAUGAUGAAGCCCCCGAUGCGAAAAGGUGGAAGGAAAGUGAGAGUGAAGGAAUAUCAGGCUCAGGUAACAGGACAGUGAGGGAGCCUAGAGUAGUGGUUCAGACCACCAGCGAUAUCGACAUUCUCGACGAUGGGUAUCGAUGGAGGAAAUAUGGGCAGAAAGUGGUGAAGGGGAAUCCCAAUCCAAGGAGCUAUUACAAAUGCACAACAGCGGGCUGCACAGUUCGAAAGCACGUGGAGAGGGCGGCCAACGAUCUGAGAUCGGUCAUCACGACCUACGAAGGGAAACACAACCACGACGUCCCCGCAGCUCGUGGACACAGCAUCACCAGGCCAUCAUCAGCCGAUAACAGCAACUUUCCAACNGCUACUAGGCCAUCAGCCAUGACGAACAACCACCGCGAUCAAAUGAGUAGUUAUAACUCUUUGUUCAGCAUAACGAAACCUAGUUCGUCCGCUCAAACGCUACAGGGUUCAGGGUUUGAGAACUCGAUGGCUUUGUACAUGAGCCACAGCCAGCAGCAAGCUCAGCCACAGCAACAGGAGAGACAGAAGAAUGAUUCGUUCUUGGAAUCAGCAUUAUUUUGAUAGUGUUGGGUGUAAAUUUACGGUAGUAUAAAAGAUUUAGGCUCAUUUGUUCAUUUGUUUUGAGGCCGUUUUGUGCUGCAGAAUGAGGCUUCUCUUACUUGUAUCACACACAUUAUCAAUA